AUGGUAGGUAGUUGUGACGUCAGAUUUCCAAUUCGUCUUGAAGGCCUCGUGUUAGCCCAUGGACAGUUUUCAAGGUAAUAAUCAUGUUAUUAAGUGUUUGAAUUGGUUAGGCGUCCUAAAUCUUUACCAAUUGCAUAACUCCCGCUCAAGCAGCCGUGAAAAGCCAACAUAAACCUUUCUUGCUCCUGCCUCGUUUAAAGUGACACUAAUAAAAAUUUUAAUAUUAUGGUCUGUGGAAAAUUAAAAGUUCUACAUUUAUUACAAUAAACUUUUGUUAUUUUGUUUAAAGUUGCCUCAUUGUGAUUAAAAUAAUUAUUAUUAUUAGACAAUGAUAAACUACAAUACAAACAGCACAUUUGGUACAAUUUUUUAUUAUAAAAUUUAUAAUAAAAAAUUGUGUAUAAUUUCUUUUUCUUUUUCUAUUCAGUAGUUGUUGUUUGACAACAACUACUGCAAAAACUGUUGUUGUUUAACAGUCAAAUGUUCAUAAACUGGUAUUAAUUUUUGUUAAAUGGUUGGUUUCUUUUUCCUUUCAGCUAUGAACCAGAGCUGUUUCCUGGUUUGAUUUAUAGAAUGGUCAAACCUAGGAUAGUAUUGCUGAUUUUUGUUUCUGGGAAAGUGGUUCUUACU